AUGGAAGAAGCUGAAUUGAAUAAUGAUGAAUUAAGAAAAACUGUUUUUAAUUUAGAUGGAAAUCCUAAGGUUGAUUAUUUCUAUAAUAAAGAUGGUUUAUUAUUAAAAACAUAUGGGUGGAUAGUUAAAAAGGCCUUAGGUAUUGUAUUAUUAAUCCAUGGGCUGAAAGGCCAUGCUCGAUUCACUUAUUUGAGAGCAAAUGCAGAAGUAAUAAAUAACAACGAAGUUUUAGUGAUAGAUAAUAACAACUACUAUGUUUACAAUGGUAGUUGGGUUGAAAAAUUUAAUCAAAGCGGAUAUUCAGUAUACGCAUUGGAUUUACAAGGACAUGGAGAAUCAGAAGGGUGGGCAAAUUUAAGAGGUCAUAUUAAGCGCUUUGGAGAUUUAGUUGAUGAUGUAAUACAAUAUAUGAAUAAAAUCCAAGAUGAAAUAUCAAAUGACAAUAUAAAUGAUGAUGAAUCUCAUGAUAUAGUAAUAACUCAAAAAAAAAGACUCCCUAUGUAUAUUGUUGGGCAUUCGAUGGGAGGGAAUAUUGCUUUAAGGGUAUUACAAGUAUUGAAUAAGGCAAAAGAAAAAAGUGUUUCUAAAGUUGAAGAUAUAUUAAAAUAUAAAAAAAAUGGUGUCCUGAUAGGCGAUUUCAUGAGUAUUUAUGACAAUGAUGAUCUUAAAGAUGAAGUUACUAGUGUAAGUGAACCCAUUAAUCUUAAUAAUGCCCCUAAUGAUAAUACUAUAGGAAAUGCUUAUGGUACGUAUUGCAUUUCCAAUGACAGCGCAUGUGAUAAUGAUAAUGAUAGUACUACUACUGGUGGUAGUGAUAUCAACAAUACCAGUGUUAGUACUGAAGGCAAUGUAAUAGCCAGUACUAGUACUGAAUACAAUGUAAUAGCCAGUACUAGUACUGAAUACAAUGUAAUAGCUAGUACUAGUACUGAAGACAAUGUAAUAGCCAAUACUAGUGCCGAAGACAAUGUAAUAGCCAGUACUAGUACUGAAGACAAUGUAAUAGCCAGUACUAGUGCCGAAGACAAUGUAAUAGCCAGUACUAGUGCCGAAGACAAUGUAAUAACCAGUACUAGUGCCGAAGACAAUGUAAUACCCAAUACUAGUGCCGAAGACAAUGUAAUAGCCAGUACUAGUACCGAAGACAAUGUAAUACCCAAUACUAGUACCAAUGGUAACAAUAAAAAUAACGAAAAAUAUAAUUGUUUGGACAAAUUAAAUAUUAAAGGUUGUGUAUCGUUGUCUGGUAUGGUGUCUUUCGAAAAAAUAGCACAGCCAGGAACAAAUUUAUUCAAUUAUAUUUAUUUGCCUAUAACACAUUUCUUAUCUUAUAUUGCACCUAACAUGCAAACUAUGUCAGAAUUACCAUAUAAAAGUUUCCCAUUUAUUGAAAAUUUAUGUAAAGUAGAUAAAUAUCGACAUAAUGGGGGAAUUACAUUUAAAUAUGUAUAUGAGCUUAUAAAAGCAAUGGGUGCAUUGAACGAUGAUAUUAAUUAUAUACCAAAAGACAUCCCUUUAUUGUUUAUCCAUGCAAAAGACGAUUGUAUUUGUUAUUAUAAAGGAGUAAAGUUGUUUUAUGAUAGAAUAAAUUCUUAUAAUAAAGAAUUAUAUUCGGUCGAAAACAUGGACCAUUCUCUAACAAUAGAACCAGGAAAUGAGUUAAUUGUACAAAAAAUCAUUGACUGGAUAUGUAGUUUGGAAAAGGAUAAUAAAAAUGCAAUAGAAGAUCAAGCAUAA